UUAACUUGCAUGAAUGCGCGGUGUUUGGCUACCACCCAGACUGUAAUAAUGUUUUUGUGCAAUAUGCUUUUGGAUGUGGUGGAAAAUACGGGGAUUGCCCGCUAUAUAACCACCUGAACAUUGUAAGAAACAUACUGCAAUAGGUGAACCGCGCCAUUUAGGAAGUUUCAAUAACUAAGUAGCAGCCAUGCAGUACCUGGCGCCUUUAGACAUAAGGUUCUCUCAAGAUAGUAUAAAAAGUAGUUUCCAAGAUGGUAGAUCCAUUAUGCAAGCCAUUAUCGACAUUAGGAAAGGGCGAAUGGAAGCCACAGAUUUCCCAACUAUAUCAGUAACACUUAAAAACGGCAAUUACUACACCUGCGACAAUAGAAGACUGUACGUGUUCAGGGUUUUGCAAUGCGAGGGAAUCUUGAAUAGAGUGCCAGUAUACACAACUACGUAUAUCAACCCCUGUAAAUUUACAACGUACAACCAGGGUGUAUCUAUUCGAGUAAGACAAGGACCAACACUUCCACACUCUCAGAUCUCAACAAAUGCAAUACCAAUUAACAGAUACCCAACGCCACUCCUAAAUGCGUCACGUGAUUCAACGUCAUCAUCAGUACGACCAAUCGGCUCGGCUUCCCGACCACGCCUACAAUCUUCAGUAAAUUUCCCGUUCAGAUACCCAACGCCACUCCCAAAUGCGUCACGUGCUUCAACGUCAUCAUCAGUACGACCAAUCAGCUCGGCUUCCCCACCACGCCCACAAUCUUCAGUGAAUUUCCCGUUCAGGGAGUCGUUCGGUUUGUCAGGCAUUUUAACCGUUAGGCCCAGUGAAGUGGACUUUUCGUUGGCAGUUUUACCGGGUGAACUGUUUCGUUACAGCAUGAACAAAUUAUGCGAAUAUUCUAUGAAAAACGAAAAUGUAAAGAUAGCAUUGACUGCGGAAGUUUUUAGUGUCUGUAAGGUCGGAGGAAGGUACACUGUUGUUCUUGGUGCUGACUUCAACCGAAAGCUCUAUAUAUGUCGGGUCCUGGAAUACUACGGCAAACUAUCAGAAAUCAAUAUAAAAAUGACAAGUUCUGCCAAACUGCCACGAAAGUGCUUCAGUGAAUUGUAUAAAAUAGACUCGGGCGAAAUCUUGCUGCCUCAUUCUAAAGAAGACAUUUUGACGAAUAGAAUGCAAAAUGUUGGACUUCAUGCAUAUUGAUUUUAUACACAAUAAACAUUUGACUUGAUUUAUUCCCAAGUUUAGUUAUUUCAAUUUUUUCUCUCGUGGUAUUAUUUUCCUUUGUUGUUUGUUCCUGCAAGCUAUAGUUCAUUGACGCAAUCUCGGUUAUAGCAGAUUGCUACUAAAUUCACUAAUAAGUCCUUUUAUAAGAAUUAUUUGUUGCAACUCGACGCUUAAAGUGACGUCAUAACCCAAUCCCAAUACUUCAUUAAUCAAUGUCAACACUGCGGAUACGACUUUAUCUCAUGGGAGACUGUUCUCAUGGAAACAGACCCCCGUUGAACGAGGUUAAUGAUAUCCCGUUCAGCCGCUGACAGGCCCAAAUCGUUUCCAGCAUUUUAUCGCGUGACGUCACACUGCUGUCAUGAUUCUGUCUGGUAUAUAAUUCCCUUUCGCCUUAACACAGUAACGAAAUGAGAACUACCCAACUAAGCCACUAUCGGCACUGAGACCUCAAGGUCAGUCUAGGCUCAUGGCGGGCUCUUCUUUGCCCGGCCAUCAAGUAAGCUUUUGCCCGAUACUGUAUCGUGUACUUGUACACCAGAAAAUGGAAUAAAAUAUAGCAAGAUAUCAUGAACUGUUUGGUCCCUAGUUAUAAAAGAAAAUAGUAAUACAGUAGAUAUAGCACCCCCUGAAGCCUAUAUAUGAAGUCGGAUCAACACGGAGUCAUUUAACCCAACCAGCAAUCUUGUUUAUUCAGUGUGGGCUAUAUAUUGAUGUGUUUUUCCCGUAAUAUAUUCAAAUUAAAUGUCUUUUUGUGUGUUUCUUUAUUUGGUUGUAUAUACUGCUUAUGGAAUCCACAAACAAACUGUGGGUGAAUUUAUAAAACAAUUCUAAAAGCGUUUACGGUAAUAUACAGAUCGUGACCAUGAGAACCCAACCUACAUCAAGAAAAGCUUUUACGAACACAAUUACGUAUCUUUUACCACUUUCGAAAUUAUAUUAAAUUUAUUCUAAUACAUAAUAGUAUAUAUGUGAUGUUAAUUCUUUAUUGAAAUAAAAUGUCGUUACGAAAUUUUUGGUCGAAAGACUCGAAACAGAGACGUGCCCAAUAAGACUGUUACGAAGGGGAAUAACCAUCGUUUUGCCCGGCAGUUUGAAAUUUUUCUGUUGAGUAUUUGGAUCCCCGAGUUAGUUUCAUUCGUUGUAAAAACACUAAACGGUUUUUAGACUGGAUUUCAAAACAUGGCUUCAAGCACUGACAGUGAUAACAGUUUGUUAAUUCAACCCGAUAGUUCAAGAGGAAGUUCUGUUUCAUCUGGAUUACAAGAAGAAUACGAUGAACUGUUGAAAUAUGCGAUCGUCACCCCUAAGUUGGGACAACUGAGAUCAAAUGAACAAAUUCCACUUCCACAGCUGAGGAUUCCUCCUGAACCAGUGACUACAGUUCAUGAAUACUCUGAUUCCUCAAACCACUCGCGAAUGGAGACAGACUCGUUAGCUUCAGGUCGUGACAGCGCCAUGGGGAGUGAUGAACUUGAAACGGAGCGUCAGAAUCGACCAAAACCUUCAAACGUGACUUCCAUCCUUGGUGGAACAACUGCUGACAAACAAGCGUCAAUAAAUCAAAUGGAGAAAUCUACACAUGGUGAUAACAUGAUGCAACUGAGUAACAAGAUUGAAAAAUGGAAUGAAGAAUAUCGAAAUAAAAUAUUGAAUGAAGUUGAUGCAAUGAGAUUAAAUAUGGAAGAAUCACUUCAUCAAAAAUUUCAUUCUCAAGAAAAAGAAUUUCAUAAUACUAUUACUACACUACAGAAUGAAGUUGAAAGUUUGCAAGAGUUGCUCCACACUUAUGAAAGUUCACUCAAGAGGAAAGACAUUGUGAUAUCCAACCUCACACGGGCCUUACAUACAAGCAAGGAGAAACAAGAGAUGAUGAGAGUUUUCUCACAGUGGAAAACAAGACUUGUGGAUGAAAAGAGAUUGAAUUUCACGUCGAAACUUGCCCGGCAACACUGGGAGCACUCGCUUAAGACGAAAAGUUGGCGAUCGUGGAGGAUGUUGGUGGAGGGAGGUUGGAAGAGGAAGGUGGAACAAGCGUGCCAACUCAAAGCUCAGGAAGUUUGUGUUCAGCUUACGAGGGAUUAUGAAGCUAAGGUUGAUGAGUUAAGUCAGUCGUUGGAAAACUCGCGAUCUGAAAUAUCAAAACUGGAACAUGGUCGAAGGGUAUUUGAAGAGGAUAUGAAGAAAGCAUUCAUGCGUAGCGUGUGUGCAUUGAACCUUGAAGCAAUGACAAUGUUUCAAACCCCAGAAUCUGAAGACACAUCACGUGAUGAGAACAUUCCUGACGUCACAGAGGAUCGUGACGUCACUGGUAUGACGCAGAACAUUCAACCGUCCGUUACCGAGAAACCCAAACAACCGCCAACUGAAGUACGACGUAAUGUUCGUUUAAUUCAACCUACUACGAAUAACUCGGAUAUGACGUCACACAAUAGCUCCAGACAACCACGUGACCUACGUGGCCACGCUGUGCUUGUGAAACGUCAUCACCCAAAUAUCCAGAAUUAUCAAACGCAACAGAAACUGUGUCACGUGGAAAAGCAACCAAACACACCGGUGCGUUCGAUAUCUUCCAAAUGGAAUACCGGGUCCAACUAAUGCAAUGAUCUACGUAUGUUAUCCGUUCACUAUUGAUCUAAUUGCUGGAAAAGGUCAGCCGUUGCACCCCUGGUUUGCUACAAUUUGUAUCUCCUUUUUGUAUACCCGUGUGCUUCGUUCUAUGCGGGAGAAUUCGCUUUUCAUAAUUGAUGACCUGAUAUUUGCUUUCCCGGCUGCUCAUGCGCCUAACUGAUGUAAUAAGCGUGUUUGUGUUGCUUUUAUAUUUGAUAUGGGUGCAACAGCGUUCAAAACAACGUUGAGCAGCAGGUGCGCUAUUUUUGUUAUAUUUAUAAAAUCAAUGAUUACUUUUAACUUCCAUUACACCUCGUCAUUGGUAAUGGCUAAAAGUGGUAAGCAUCUAAUUAGGGCAAUAAAUAUUUCAUUAAAACCGAAUUACGUCGGAAAAUCCAAUUUUGAAACAAUUUCCCAAAAACGACGCUCUGUACAAAAUAUGUAGAUGUAGUAUAAGGUAUUUUAUUUGUUCCACGUUUAUUACAACAAAUAUAUUUA